AUGAGACGAAAGCCAAACUCAGAAACGGAGAAAAGAUCAUCCUCUUUCGCACGCGACGGCGGCGUCUUCCAGGAUUAUUCUUUUCGAUUUUCUAAACUUUACACCGUACUUGAUAAGACCAUACCCUCAGUGUCGCAGCAGAAAACAAAGACAGUUCCUCAACCUGGGGGUGGGAAGCCACAGACGCCGCGCACCACGGCUGCGGCAAGAUUCAAUACACUAGCCCCCAUACCAUGGAAGGUGCAGUCAGGAGGAAAUCAACGUCAUGAAGUAUCCAAGAGCGGAAAGCAGCACGCCCCUCUAACGGAUGGAAAUCGGACUGGGGAUAAUGGUGCUGAAACGCUUGAAAUCAACGUUCUACGUAAUCCAUGCCUGGUUCAACCUCAGGUACUACCCAUUUUUGUGGGCUCUGUGAACGACAAGGCAGAGGCGGCAGCCAAGAAGGAUUCUUGUGUUGUUGCGUCGACUGAGAGCAGCCGCUCACGCCUCAAGCGCGCGUCCGCCGACGAGCUCCCUCAAAUCGCUGUGGGCCUCCACUCCUGCAAGCCGGUAACCCGGUUGCAUUCUCUCCCUUCGCCAGCCUUCGGGUCAGAAGUUAAAGUGAAUGUAACCGAUAGCAAUAUAUUUUGCGAAUCUGACGCUCUGUCGAAGUACUCUUUAGCUUUUGCAGCAUCGCUGCGUACGGAUAGCAAGAGUGGUGUCCAGAAUUUCUUAGCGAUCUCGGAUUCACCUGCUGGCGAACACCUCUACGACCUUUGGAAAAAGCGUCUGGCGAUGCGCGGAUUGUUCCAAUUUCGCGAUGAGUUAGAAUCCUUCCUUUACGAUGACCUGGAGAAUCUGACGAGCAGCAUCAUUUCUCAAGAGGAGUACAACUGGAAUCAAUGUGAGCUCGAAAAGCACAGGGCAGGCGUAGCCGCGAAGACGGUGUUUAUUAACCCCAAAUUGGUGAGUCUGGCGGCGGAAGAAACGAACUCGCAGAUGGAUGUUACGCUUAAUAGUAGCGGUGGCCCGAAAAUGAGUCGGAAUGAUUUAUCCCCAAGCACAGUGCCACACAGGAGUGUGAUUCCUGCACAUAAAAUAGAAAGCCUUUUUGUCAGCCUACGCGCUCAGCUGCAUCAGCGGACCGUAUCGCUACUGCAAACCUACACGAUGCGCCUUUACUCCUACGCAGAGGCAAGAAAUGUGGAUGCGGGCAGUGACUUGGGCAAGGGCACCGGUUUCAUUAGCCGAAUAAAAGACGCAUCUGACCCUUGCUUUAGAGGGGACGAGGUGGGUCCCGCAUCUCCGGAAAAGUUAUACCUCACCCAAAAGGAAAAGGACUACAUCAGCGAGCUGCUGCAGACGGAGCAACGUCUCACCAAGGAUGCCGUCUUGAAUGGGGUGAUCACCCCUGCAACGGUAUCGCUGCCAGAGGAGCGAAUUAUCAAACCCUUGGUGGCCCUCGAGACGGCGGCGAGUGUCGCGCUGCUAUGGCAGGUCUUGAAACAGUGCGAGGCGAGUGUGCCCAAGGUCGGGUUCGCCAUGGAGCUCUUCCAUAGCUAUCUUCUCCCACACGUUUACGAGAACUUUGCCCUCUAUACCUCCGUGUUGCCGUCAAAUGGGACGUUAAGCGAACAGGUCACGCGGCUUUCCGAGAUUCCGCUGCGCUCCAGCAUGCGUUUGCUGAGUGCGGACUCCACGCAGCAGUGCCGUAAGGAUAUGCAGUACAUGGAGUCGGUGCUGCAGCACUGGGCAUUGCGUUCGUGGCGGCGGUGCAUGAUGGGUUACCGCCGCCGCCUCGCCUCGCUCGAACUAGCCAGCAAAAUGCUCCUCCGGGUGAGGUGGAGGCUGCGCUUGCAGAAAAUUUUUGGCGCCUGGAGGCUGGUCACGUUUCAAGAGAUCCAGGAGUCGUACUUCAGUCGUAUCAAGAUGAAAUACAACUCCAUCGUGAACAGUUCGUGCAUUUCAACCGAAUCAGCGUUCUUUCCGAACAGCUCCAUACUGAUGCCCUCCACGGUGAGCUUCUCGAACGCGAAACCGAGUUUCCGGAAUGAGACUCAGACGGCGCUCGCUCGGUCGAGAUUUCUUGCUGUCAAGUUGGCAGAGAGCGCACAGCAUAAGAAGAAGGCAUCAAGCACAGGUACCCCCUCAGUUGGGUUUGUGGAAUCCAGAGAUACGCUAAAGAUGGAUCACCAGAUGACGCGGGAUCAGGACCAAACAGGAGAUGAGAAUAGUGCCACCACGUCAUCCCCUUGCGUAGGAACGGUCGACAGCUUUAUCGGUCAGCCUGUGGGAAGGGGAAAAACAAUCGAAUCCGAUAGGAACGAGCCCAAUAGAUCCCCAUCCACAAAGGUCCUCGAUGACACUGCUACUAUAUCCAGCCCCACCACCGCCUCACCUACACAGUCCGAGAUGCAACCCUCCUCGUUCGUAGAACCAAACUCCGAGCGUCAUGCUUCGCCCAAGGACCCCACCCUUGAUACGAUAUUGGAUAUGCUUCAGGAGGAAAACGAAGUAUGUGCACACCUACGUAGCGAGAUCGCGAUCCAACGCAGACGAAUCCAAACGUUGGAGCGUGAGCGAAAUGGCUUGCAGGAGCGUAACCGGACCCUUGAGGCCGACCUUGUACGCACGCUUGAGGAAAAAAUUUAUUACUGUAACCUUUCCCAGAAGAAGCAAUUUCAGCUCAUGGAUCAGGAGAGGCAUAUCGUUCAGCUUAGGUCGCGCCUCCGGGCGCAUCGUACUCGACCAUGGCAACGGGUUACCAUGCGAAUCGCCGGCGAGCUAUGUGGGGCGUCUACUCAAGCCUCAGAGGCGGCCGAUGAGCGACGUGUGCGCUCCGAUCUAAAGGCGACCGACGAAACAAGGGAUCCCGAAAGCAAGGAAAAGACCUCCGAUGCGCGCGCAGACGAGGCCGAUGAGAAGUUGAACGACCAGUUCCAAAGCGAUGGGUCACUCCAUAAGGAGGAUGACAACUCCUCGUUUCUCUCCGCCGAGUCGGAGUCUGGCAUCGUCAGCGCACAGGCCACCCGUGAGGCGGAGGAGGAACGCUUGUUUGGCGAGCUCGCUCCUAUCGUGCUCUCCUCCACCACGGAAUUGCCAAGCGCGAUGACGAUUCUUCAGGACUGGGCAAAUAGCUGCCUCGACGAUCUCGAGACGCUAGAUGAUCUAAAAGGUGGCGCGCUCUCCUUGCGCUUCCGGGGCUUCUCAGAGGAGGUGCGAAGCGGGGUUUUGCUUAGCCGACUUUUGUUCUACUUGGCUCUUCCACGCUACCUGCAGCGCAACGCGAACAACGACGAGCGCUCGAGUGAGGCGGCGCAUGCAGGGGCUUCAGUACUCAUGGAGGCUAAGGAUGGAAAGGACGAAAAAGGUAAAUACAUCGACACACUCUAUGCCGAGGAAUUUAUACGUCGCCGCAUGCAGCUUCUCGAGCACCGCAACGUCCAGCUCGAUGCCCCGUUUCCUGUGUACUCGGAGUGCUUUGGAGACCUGCUAAAUAUAACCCCUACGGAACGGAUGGCGAUGCUGCUGCAUUUCGCCUCGCAAAUUCUCAACGGGUCGACCUCCAUCAUGAGUGAUGCCGUCGUGAUGAAACGACAGCAGGUGCUGAACGUCGUGUGUGCUACAGCGGGGAUUUCUCUUCCGCCCUCCGUCCCCACGAUCGAUCUGCAUGAAGUGGUGGAUCCGCAUGCCCUGGCGAUAGGCGAGCGUACGUCGAUCGUCACCCUUAUCGCCAUCCUGUACGUGCGCUUUGCCCAUCCAUUUAAUCACAAAUCUCGACAGAGCGCUAUCGUAGAAAAGGAGGCUAUUUUUUACCUCCUGAACCCCAGAGGCUACACAAGUCCCGCAAACCGUCACCUGCAAUCCCCAAGGGGUGAAACGGAGGAAAAGAAUGCCCAAGAGCAGGAUGGCCGACUACAGGAACGGCAGCAACGAGCACAGAAUUCAUCAUGGAUUGAGGACGAGAUUCUGGAGCGCCUGAUAGACGAGGAUAAAAGCCCAUGGCAACUUUUCAAGGAGCGUUGCGUGCCUAUGUUCGGGUCCUCCGCUCAUCCGUUUCUGCUUCGUGGAAACUUCUGGCCGAGCGAGGCAUUUGAAUCGCCGCAGCUUGCGAAUCUCCUUGGCGAGCUAGGGAUGGCGCUGAAUCGCUCCUUGCAGGUUCAUCGCUGGCAUAUCCUAUUUUCUUGCUUAAUUCCUGUUACCAACUAUUCAAGAGUCAGCCGUGGCGUGUUCACGGGGCCACGUGCCUCUCCUGUGGCGCUUCGGAUUGGGCUAAAGCAAGAAGGGGUGUCACUAUUGCCGUCGCUCAGCUCCGAGAGUCUGGAACGUGUUUACGCGAAACGGAAGGCCCGCGUAAUUGCCGCCUAUCCCUUAACUGGAGACCCCAACUGUGUGUCGCCUCUGAAAGGCUCGACACCUUCCCAAGGUGACUGGAGAAGCUCGUAUGUAACAUGCGAAAAACGCAAGCUCAGGGAGGUAUUAAGCGUCGUCACGAACGACUUGAUGAACCUUUUUCUGUGCAACGCGUCAUUACAGCCGGAGCUCGCCCUUCCAGCGAUGGACUUGUCGGAAUGGCGGUCUUUCUGUGUGGAUCUCGGAAUCGUGAAGCUGCAGCGGGAGCGCGGAAAGGCGGAGGACGCAAGAAUUAACACUACGUCCGCGGGAGGGCCCAAACUGAUGGACCUCAAUUUUAUCUCCAAGAUUUUUUACAAAGCCAUCCACUCCCACGCCGGCUUGGACCUCACUUCGAGCUCUUCAAGUGGUGAAAGUGAUAUGAACCGAAUGCGAGCAUCUCGUUCGGUAAGCGAACUUGGUGUAAGUUUCGACAGGUUUUCUGAUUUGUUAGACAGCGGUGUUUUAGAGGACAAUAAGGAUAGACAAUUCAUUCAGGGUUGCGACCUUAACAUUUUUGAAUGCGUCAACACUUCAGGCCAUGAAGACCAGAGAAGGGGGACCGAGGUGGGCAACAAAAAUGCAUCCCCACAGCUCCAUCCUACCCUACUCUCGGAAUACCUAGUGUUCCCAGCGUUUGUAAUCGCCUUGGUACUCCUUGUGAACGCGCUUUAUCAUCCUGUGCCAUCCAAAAUCGCGUCCUCUAAGUUAUCCAGUGAUGAAAGCAGUGGAAAGGAUGAUGGUGAAAAUGGGGAGGCAGCCCCAGGUUUACCUCCUAUACUUUGGCUAGGUGAUGCUAUUACACAAUUUUUGAACGACUACACAUUGCGAGAGGAUAGUAUUCGUUUCGAGAAGACUCCCCAAGCAGUUCUCAAACGCAUCCAGAUGGGUAUCCCAACACAGGAAGUUCUCACCAGGUACAGCCCAGCUCUGCUGCUUGUCUAUCAAGCCUACAGCAAAGAGAUAUAUGGUGUGGUAUGCAUGCAGGAGGAAAGCCUCUUGCAGCUUAUGCGGGACGCCAUGCUAACCAGCACGGAGACAACGCAAUAUCUGAUAUCCGAAAUUUUCCAGAAGUGCAGCACUUUGUGUAAAUCUGUCGAGGAAAGCGCGAUUGCAUUCUGCAGAGACCUCAACGGGAGACCUCGGGAUAGGUUUAACAAUAAAAUCGAAUUCCGCAUUCCGUCGAGCAGAGUCACUGCGUCAACGAGCCCUCAGCAUGUCGCUGGAGAGGGAUCCGCACCCGCUAACUCCGUUAGCAGUUUCGCCACCGGCGGUGGUAAGGGGAAACGUCAUGAAGUGCGGGUUCUGACAUUAGACGGUUUUAUACAAUUUCUCUGCGUGCUAUGCCACUUCAAGCAACCCAACCCCCUUACCCCACUACAUCAGCGGCUUGAAAUUUUCCUGCGCCGCUCUGUGCUGCGACCACUAAGCAAAAAAAUUGAAAACCUAUCCGUGCUUUUGAAGCGGCAGGAUAACUAA